AUGGAGGACAUGUGUCCGGCGGACCUCGCGCAGCUCUCCGCCGCCAUCGCGGCUGGGGAGGACCUGGGCCCCUUCGUGCGCCGGGCGUUCGCGUGCGGCCGCCCCGAGCCGCUGCUCGCCUCGCUCAGUGCCGCGGUGCGGGACCGGGAGGCCGAGAUCGAGGAGCUCUGCCGCGCCCACUUCCACUACUUCAUCCGCGCCGUCGACGACCUCCGCUCCCUCCUCGCCGAUGCCGACGCGCUCAAGCGCUCCCUCUCGGCGUCCCACUCCGCGCUCCUGUCCUCGGCGGCCCCGCUGCUCGCCUCGCUCGAGUCCUUCCUCGCCAAACGCUCGCUCGCGGGGAACCUCUCCUCCGCCCUCGCCUCCUCCCGCCGCUGCGUACGGCUGCCCCUCUGA